AUGAUGCGUUACUUCUGUAUUCUGGUGACCGAGGGGAUGACUCUUGUAAGAAAUGAUGGAGACUUGUUGAUUGACGGACAGUUUGUAGUGAUAUGCAGCUUCCGCGGAGCUGUACCGCAAGGCUUGGUCCUGGAACUAGGUGAAACUGUCCAGAUCCUAGAGAAAUGUGAAGGCUGGUACAGAGGUGUUUCCAUUAAGAAGCCCAAUGUAAAGGGGAUUUUUCCUGCAAACUAUAUUCACUUGAAAAAGGCAAUCGUCAGUAACAGAGGGCAAUAUGAAACAGUUGUUCCGCUUGAAGAUUCUGUUGUGACUGAAGUCACAGCAACGCUGCAGGAAUGGGCUGUGCUCUGGAAACAGUUGUAUGUGAAACAUAAGGUAGAUCUUUUCUACAAACUGCGCCAUGUGAUGAAUGAACUCAUUGACCUACGUAGACAGCUGCUGUCAGGUCACUUGACACAGGAUCAGGUGCGAGAGGUCAAGAGGCACCUCACAGUGAGGCUGGACUGGGGCAAUGAACAUUUGGGCCUGGAUUUAGUUCCUCGGAAGGACUUUGAGGUUGUGGAUUCAGAUCAGAUCAGUGUUUCAGAUCUUUAUAAAAUGCAUUUGUCAAGUAGACACAGUGUCCAGCAGAGCACAUCGCAGGUGGAUACAAUUCGUCAGCGUCAUGGGGAAGCUUGCCGUAUGCCAGUGCCUCAUCACUUCUUCCUCAGUCUAAAGAGCUUCACCUACAAUACAAUUGGAGAAGACACAGAUGUCUUUUUUUCUUUGUACGACGUUCGAGAAGGCAAGCAGAUCAGUGAGAGGUUUAUGGUGAGGUUAAACAAGAAUGGAGGCCCCAGGAAUCCAGAGAAGAUAGAUCGAAUGUGUGCACUUUUCACAGAUCUCAGCAGCAAGGACAUGAAGAGAGAUUUGUACAUAGUUGCCCAUGUAAUUCGAAUAGGUCGCAUGUUGCUAAAUGAUUCGAAAAAAGGGCCCCCUCAUUUACACUAUCGCCGCCCCUAUGGCUGUGCAGUAUUGAGUAUCAUGGAUGUACUUCAGUCAAUCUCUGAAAUAAAAGAAGAGAAGGAUUUUGUUCUCAAAGUUUACACGUGUAACAACGAAAAUGAGUGGUGCCAGAUCCAUGAAAAUAUUAUUCGCAAGUCCAGCACCAAAUAUACAGCACCCAGCUCAAACUAUGGACUUAUAAUAUCUCUUCAGCUUCUACGUGGUGACAUGGAGCAGAUUCGAAGGGAAAACCCCAUGAUCUUUAACAGAGGCGUUUCUGUUACCAGGAAGUUGGGGUUUCCUGAUGUUAUAAUGCCAGGUGAUAUCCGCAACGACUUAUACCUGACGUUAGAAAAGGGAGACUUUGAAAGAGGUGGGAAAAGUGUGCAGAAGAACAUUGAAGUGACCAUGUAUGUGCUCUAUGCGGAUGGAGAAAUCUUGAAGGACUGCAUCAGCCUGGGCUCAGGAGAGCCAAGCAGGAGUGCAUACCACUCUUUUGUCCUUUACCACAAUAACAGCCCUCGAUGGGGGGAAAUCAUCAAGUUGCCCAUCCCUAUAGACAGGUUCCGUGGGUCUCACCUCCGGUUUGAGUUCAGACAUUGCUCCACAAAAGACAAGGGAGAAAAGAAGCUCUUUGGUUUUGCAUUCACUCCGUUGAUGAGAGAUGAUGGCACUACCUUGUCGGAUGAUAUCCAUGAGCUUUAUGUUUAUAAGUGUGAUGAGAACAGCACGUUUAACAAUCACGCUCUGUACCUGGGGCUGCCCUGCUGCAAAGAGGACUACAAUGGCUGCCCCAACAUUCCUUCCAGCCUCAUCUUCCAGCGCAGCACCAAAGAGACCUUUUCAGUCUCCACACAGCUUUCUUCUACCAAACUGACCCAGAAUGUGGAUUUGCUUGCCCUGCUGAAAUGGAAAGCUUACCCAGAUCGUGUGAUGGAUAUUCUAGGAAGACUGAGACAUGUCAGUGGCGAGGAGAUUGUUAAGUUCCUACAAGAUAUUCUCGACACGUUGUUUGUAGUGUUGGAUGACAACACAGAAAAGUAUGGUCUGUUGGUCUUUCAGUCUUUGGUAUUCAUCAUAAAUCUGCUGCGUGACAGCAAGUAUUUUCAUUUUCGACCCGUGAUGGACACUUACAUUCAGAAGCACUUUGCAGGAGCACUGGCUUACAAAGAACUGAUCCGAUGUUUGAAGUGGUACAUGGACCGUUCAGCUGAGCUUGUACGCCAAGACCACAUCCAGGAAGCAAUGAGAGCCUUGGAAUAUCUUUUCAAGUUCAUUGUCCAAUCUCGGAUCCUUUACUCCAGAGCUACUUGUGGAAUGGAGGAGGAACAGUUCCGCUCCAGCAUCCAGGAGCUUUUCCAGUCCAUCAGAUUUGUGCUCAGCUUGGACAGCAGGAGCUCUGAGACUCUCAUCUUCACACAGGCUGCUUUGCUGAACUCCUUCCCCGCUAUCUUUGAUGAGCUGUUGCAGAUGUUCACUGUGCAGGAAGUAGCGGAGUUUGUGAGGGGUACUCUGGGCAGCAUGCCCAGUACAGUGCACAUUGGGCAAUCAAUGGAUGUUGUUAAGCUACAAUCUAUUGCACGCACUGUUGACAGCCGCCUGUUCUCUUUCUCAGAGUCCCGGCGCAUCCUGCUACCUGUAGUUCUUCACCACAUUCACCUUCACCUACGACAGCAGAAGGAGCUACUUAUCUGCUCUGGGAUCCUCAGUAGUAUCUUCUCUAUAAUCAAGACCAGCUCUUUGGAGGGAGAUGUCGUGGAGGAGGUUGAGAUGAUGGUGGAGAGCCUCCUGGAUGUGCUUUUACAAACUCUGCUUACAAUCAUGAGUAAAUCGCAGUCUCAGGAGGCGGUAAGAGGGCAGCGUUGCCCGCAGUGCACAGCAGAAAUCACUGGAGAGUAUGUCUCCUGCCUUUUAUCUUUGCUUCGUCAGAUGUCAGACACUCAUUUCCAGCACUUACUGGACAACUUCCAAAGCAAGGAUGAACUAAAGGAGUUCCUCCUGAAGAUUUUCUGUGUAUUUCGGAACCUGAUGAAAAUGAGUGUCUUUCCUCGAGACUGGAUGGUGAUGAGGUUGCUCACCAGCAAUAUCAUAGUUACAACAGUUCAGUACCUGUCUUCUGCACUGCACAAGAAUUUCACGGAAACGGACUUUGAUUUUAAAGUGUGGAACUCUUAUUUCAGCCUGGCAGUUUUGUUUAUAAACCAGCCAAGUCUCCAACUAGAAAAUGCCACACCAGCUAAGAGGAAGAAGAUUCUGGAUAAAUAUGGCGAUAUGAGAGUGAUGAUGGCAUAUGAGCUCUUCAGCAUGUGGCAGAACCUGGGUGAGCAUAAGAUUCACUUUAUUCCGGGAAUGAUUGGCCCCUUUCUUGGUGUCACACUUGUUCCACAACCAGAAGUCCGGAAUAUCAUGAUCCCUAUCUUCCAUGACAUGAUGGACUGGGAGCAGAGAAAGAAUGGCAACUUCAAACAGGUGGAAGCUGAGUUGAUCGAUAAGCUGGACAGCCUGGUAUCCGAAGGAAAAGGUGAUGAGAACUACAGGGAACUCUUCAGCCUGCUAACCCAGCUCUUUGGGCCUUAUCCCAGUUUGCUAGAGAAGAUUGAGCAGGAAACAUGGCGGGAGACUGGAAUCUCUUUUGUUACAUCAGUUACUCGUCUCAUGGAGCGUCUGCUUGACUACAGGGACUGUAUGAAAGGAGAUGAAACAGAAAACAAGAAAAUUGGCUGCACUGUUAACCUUAUGAAUUUCUAUAAAUCCGAAAUUAACAAGGAAGAGAUGUACAUCCGCUAUAUCCACAAGCUGUGUGACAUGCACUUACAGGCUGAGAACUACACAGAGGCUGCAUUUACUUUGCUUUUGUACUGUGAGUUGCUUCAGUGGGAGGACAGACCUCUGAGAGAGUUCCUGCAUUAUCCAUCUCAGUCAGAGUGGCAACGUAAGGAAGGUCUGUGCCGUAAGAUUAUCCAUUACUUCAACAAAGGGAAGAGCUGGGAGUUUGGAAUCCCGCUGUGCAGAGAACUGGCCAUACAGUACGAAAGUCUCUAUGAUUAUCAGAGCCUCAGCUGGAUUCGGAAAAUGGAAGCUACCUAUUAUGAUAAUAUCAUGGAACAGCAGCGCUUAGAACCUGAGUUUUUCAGAGUUGGUUUUUAUGGUCGGAAAUUCCCAUUUUUCCUGCGGAACAAAGAAUAUGUAUGUCGGGGCCAUGACUAUGAGAGGCUGGAAGCCUUCCAGCAGAGGAUGCUGAGUGAGUUCCCACAAGCGAUUGCAAUGCAGCAUCCAAACCACCCAGAUGACUCUAUAUUGCAGUGUGACGCCCAGUAUUUACAGAUCUAUGCAGUGACUCCCAUCCCAGACAAUAUAGAUGUGCUGCAAAUGGACCGUGUCCCUGAUCGCAUAAAGAGCUUUUACCGAGUCAACAACAUCCGGAAAUUCCGCUAUGACAGGCCUUUUCACAAAGGCCCAAAGGACAAGGAGAAUGAAUUUAAGAGCUUGUGGAUUGAACGUACCACUCUGACCUUGACUCACAGUUUGCCUGGGAUCUCUCGUUGGUUUGAAGUGGAGAGAAGAGAACUGGUGGAAGUAAGUCCUUUGGAAAAUGCCAUUCAAGUGGUUGAGAACAAAAACCAGGAGCUGAGAACACUGAUAAGCCAGUACCAGCAUAAACAAAUGCAUGGUAACAUCAAUCUUCUCAGCAUGUGUCUGAAUGGAGUGAUUGAUGCAGCUGUUAAUGGGGGAAUUGCACGAUACCAGGAGGCCUUUUUUGAUAAAGAUUAUAUCACAAAGCACCCUGGAGACGCAGAGAAGAUCACACAGCUCAAGGAACUCAUGCAGGAACAGGUACAUGUCUUAGGAGUGGGUCUGGCAGUCCAUGAGAAAUUUGUGCACCCAGAAAUGCGUCCCCUGCAUAAGAAACUGAUAGACCAGUUCCAGAUGAUGCGAUCCAGUCUGUACCAUGAGCUACCUGGUUUGGAUAAGCUGAGUCCAGCCUGUUCUGGCACUAGUACACCACGCAGCAAUGUUCUGGUUUCGCACGGACCUAUGAGCCCAGAGAGCAUAAAGCUGGUGCAUCGACACAGCCCACUGAACUUGCUUGGUUCAGUCCGACACUCGUCAUCCUCUCUGUCGUCCCACACCUCCAGCGAAACAGGAAACCUGGUUAUCCUAACAGACAGUUCUGUGGGGGAGACUGCUGAGGAUAUGUACCACAUGCAGCUUGUUUACCCUAACUCCAGGUACCAAGGCUCAGUCACCAACGUCUCUGUUUUAUCCUCGUCCCAGGCUAGCCCUUCCACCUCAAGCCUGAGCUCUACUCACUCGGCACCGUCCCAGAUGAUUAACUCUGCCCCUUCCAGUGCUCGAGGCUCUCCCUCUCUACCAGAUAAGUACCGCCACUCUCGGGAGAUGAUGAUGUUGCUGCCAACCCAUCGGGACCGACCUAGCAGUGCCAUGUAUCCCGCAGCUAUCAUGGAAAACGGACAGCCUCCAAAUUUCCAGCGCGCCUUGAUCCAGCAAAUGAUUGGACCAUGCAAACCUUGCAGUGAUCCCAACCUGUCUGUGGCUGAGAAAGGACACUACUCGCUGCACUUUGAUGCCUUCCAUCACCAGCUCAGUGAUGCUCCUCCGGCACUGCCUGCACGAACGUUGCGCAAGUCCCCUCUUCAUCCUAUCCCUGCAUCACCCACCAGUCCGCAGUCUGGUCUAGAUGGAAGUAACUCCACUUUAUCCGGCAGUGCCAGCAGUGGUGUCUCUUCCUUGAGCGAGAGUAAUUUUGGACAUUCUUCUGAACCACCUCCUCGCACAGACACCAUGGAUUCUGUCCCCAGCCAGGCCUGGAACACCGAUGAAGAUCUAGAGACACCCUACCUCCCUGUCAGGUACAGUCUCUCUGAGCCUGAUGUCCUAGAGUCGCUCAAAUCCCAGCCAUGCCGAAGCCACUCUGCUCCAUCUGGAGUCAUUCCUCAGGACACCAUGGACCCUCCUGCUCUACCCCCCAAACCUUACCACUCCCGGCUGCCAAACAUGGAGAACGAGGAGGGGAUGAUAAUUGAAGAUGAUGACAAACACCGCCCAUUGCAUCGUAAAGUGUCCCAACCAGCGAGUGGUGGAAAGGAAGAGCAGGCCAGGGUAGCAUGGGAGCAUGGCAUCAGUGAGCAGUAG